CCUUACGAAGGAAUAGGCAACCAAUGGAGCACCGCAAGUGGGUGGAGGUUCAGCAGAAGAGCAGGCUCCUUGAAAAAUUCGUCUUGGUCCGUCCCUUCACGGUGUCGUACAAGGACAACACCAAGCUGUUCGACUUCACCGUGGCUGUGAUCCAACACGCCAAGGCUCACGCAGCUCUCCCACACGUGGUCUUCGAGAGAAGCUACUGGACAAUGCCGCCGGGGUUCAGGUAUCUCGGCAGUGCGGAGCGCCUGUGGGUGGAGUCGCUGCAGCAGGGCAUUAUCCCCAACCCCCUCGUCAAGGACGUGUUUGGCAGGGAGGGGGGGACGCCUGAGCACCCCAUCGUCGUCGAGUAGAUAGAUGAGCCAAGUGAGGGAAGAGAGAGCGCCACUCACGGUGUUUGUUGCAGUUACUCAUUGGUGGCUGCUGUCUGGCCUCUGUGUGUGUGCAGAUGUGGUGUUGGAUGCCACUCGGUGGAUUGGCAGCUUCUUCUCAGAACCCGUCAGACCACACUUCUCGCCAGAUAGUAACAGAGGGUAAGCAACCAAACCCUUCACUCACCGGAAAGGGCGUGCACCCAGCUAUCGCUUCCUGCCUGUGUUUGCUGAUCCAGAGCAUCGCCAAGUGUGUCUGAUCCUUCUCCGUAUGGCAUCAGUCAUCGUUCCAAGAGGGGCGGCGGCGAGGGAUGAUGAUGAUUCGUGCGCGUGGCUUCAUGACGUCCUUCUUUAUCGCGUCGUGUGAUCGCACAUGCCAAUUAGUAAGUGACCUGCAGCAUGGGUGUCCCUUUUUCAUGACGGUCGAUUUGGAGUAGCGGCCGCUGCUCCGAGUGUUCCGCUGCGUUGAUGGAAUAAGAUGUCUUUCACGUCUCUCUCUGCACUCUGAGCAGUUGGCAUUUAGAGGGCUUGGCUGGGUCACUGGUUCACUGCUGUUGUGAGCUGAGCUGAGUACACGGGAUCCGGUUUCCUCUUGAUGUCACUCUUAUCCUUGUCGAGCUGUUGGUUCCACAGACACGUACACGCACACGCCUACGCCUGACCCGUCACAUCACAUAGAGCCUUGACGAAUGGAUCAACCACACCAACACAGCCCGAUCUG